CCAAUAUAUGGCACGAUGCGGCGAGAUUUGGCAGCACUGAUUGCUGCAGUUGGACUGGCAUCAGCUAGUCAAACUGUUUUCAGCAUACACGAUGACAUCGAUGCAUUCCCACAAUACAGCAUAGUCUUCUCCCCAUCCUCCAUCUCGUCCUCCGAAGCAGCAGAUCUCCUCGAACCUCCAAAGCCAUCAAAUGGCGCAGAACCCGCCGCCAUACCUUUCGAAUAUACCCGCCUACUCUUGCACUCCACACCUCACCUCUGCUCAAUCCCGCGCCCGCCCGAAGAGCGCAACCUCACCAGCGAAGCACUCCACAAAGCCUCGCUCGCUCUAGAACUCUCGCGCGCCAACACCCACGGUUGGGAGCUUCUCGCCCCGCUGGGCAAAUCGUGCCUCUACUACACGUCUGGCUGGUGGUCCUACAAGUUCUGCUACAACGACUCUAUCACUCAAUUCCACGCCGCGCCGCCCCAGCCGGGCCGUCCACAAUUCCCACCCGUCCGUGACCCGAGGACGCCACAAUUUGUCCUCGGGCGCGCGAAGAAGAUUGCAGGACAAGAUUCAAAGACGCAUGGGAAGUUCUACGAUGACGGUUCCAGCGAGAAGGCGGGGGGCAGGAGUGAGCUCGAGCUUCGAGGAUCGCAGGAGGAGGAUUCAGAGUACUACGAGGACGACGAGAUAAAGGGUAUCUUGCAGGAUAAUGGGGAUAAUCGCUACCUGGCCCAGAAAAUGAAGAGCGGCACCCUCUGUGACCUCACAAUGCGCCCCCGGGAGAUCGAGAUCCAGUACCACUGCGGCGCCAUAGAAGUUGACCGGGUCGCCUGGAUCAAAGAGGUGACGACGUGUUCGUAUCUGAUGGUAGUGCACACGCCUCGUCUCUGCAAGGAUGUUGCAUUUCAACCACAGACCCAAGCUGAAACGCUGGAGAUAUUGUGUAAGCCGAUCAUCGGCGAGGAGGAGGGCACAACCGAGCCUUCCGCCACCGAUUCCGCGCCGCAAGAGCCUGCCGCCAGCGGUGAAGCAGCGGCGGAGACUAGUGAGAAUGCAGCGGAUAUCCUGAAGAGCCUCGCAAAGGAGAGUGCGAAAGAUAAACCGUUGAUCAUCGGCGGCACGGUAGUAGGAGGCGGAGAGUACUUCCCCGCCUCCGACCCGCCGCUCCUCCAACCACCACCAUUCUGGAACGUGAAUGUGCGAGGCAACACCAAGAAACCCACCAUGAUCGCCAACUCCAACACAAAAGUAACCGCCGGGUCUGACGGCAAGGGCGGAAACGCCGCAGCGAAGGUGCCUCCCGGCGUCCCCGACUCCGCGAAGUUGGCAGCUUCUCUUAAUGCGCGCCUAGAAUCCGACGGGGUGGUGACGAUUGAGAUCCUAGCCCAUGGACUGGGACAAAAUGACGGCUAUCACAUUAUGAACGAUGAGGAUCUGAGGAAACUGGGGAUGUCGACUGGUGUUGUUGAGGGGUUGGCCGAGAAGCUGAGGGCUGCGGCGGGCGAGAAUGUGUGGACGCUUGCGCUGGUGGAGGGGCAGGGGGUGGUGGGAAGGGAGGUGAGGGGGGUGAUUGAUGCGGUGGGGAAGGAGGAUGAGGGGAGGGAGCGGGCGUGGGAGGAUGUAGAGGAGUUGCUGUUUGGGCAGAAGUUGGAGGAUAGGUCGGGGGAGUGGAAAGAGACGGUGGAGAAGGGGAAGGCGGAGAAGAAAACGGGGAAGGAGGAGAAAGGAGAGGGUAAGGCUGAGGGACAGCAGAAGAAUGAUGGGAAGGAUGAGGAGGAGGGUAGUGAGGAGCUAUAUUAUAAAGAUGAGCUGUAGUCCUUCUACUACGCAUAAGGAGACUAAGCCUACGUUUCACAAGGGGAAAUAAGAGUAGGAGUGUACAAAUAUGAUAUCAUGAAUUCCAA